AUGGUGCAAGAAUAUGACAUCGUGAUCGUGGGCGCGGGCCCAGUCGGUCUGCUACUGUCUCUCUGUAUGUCCCGAUGGGGCUACAAGGUCAAGCACAUCGAUAACCGCCCCGUGCCGACCGCUACUGGUCGCGCCGACGGUAUCCAGCCUCGCUCCAACGAAAUUCUGCGCAACUUGGGCCUGAAGCGCGCUAUCAUGGCCAUGGAGCCCGCCAAGGUCUACGAUGUCGCUUUCUGGGACCCCAAGCACGAUGGCACUGGUAUUGGUCGUACCGGUAGCUGGCCUAGCUGCCCUCGCUUCAUCGACACUCGUUACCCCUACACUACCCUGGUCCACCAGGGUAAGAUCGAGCGCGUGUUCCUGGACGAGAUCAACAAGGCCGGUACCAAAGUGGAGCGCCCCUGGACCAUCGUCGGCUUCAAGAAUGACGGUGCCAACGCCGACUACCCUGUCGAGGUCAACCUGAAGAGUCUGGAUACCAACGUUAUUGAGAACGUCCGCACCAAGUACCUUUUCAGCGGCGAGGGUGCUCGCAGCUUCAUUCGUCAGCAGCUUGAUAUUAAGAUCCACCACAAGGACCCCAUCGCCUACGUUUGGGGUGUCAUGGAUGGUGUCGUCCGCACUAACUUCCCUGAUAUUGAGACAAAAUGCACCAUUCACUCCGAUGCUGGCUCCAUCAUGGUUAUUCCUCGCGAAGAAAACAUGGUCCGUCUGUACGUUCAGAUCGCCUCAUCUGACGACGCCGAUUGGGACCCCCGCAAGACUGCCACCGCCGAGGAGGUUCAACAGACUGCCAAGAACAUCCUGAAGCCAUACUGGAUUGAGUGGGACCGUGUUGAGUGGUACUCUGUGUACCCCAUUGGCCAGGGUAUUGCUGAGAAGUACACCCUGGAUGAGCGCGUUUUCAUGGGUGGUGAUGCCUGCCACACCCACAGCCCCAAGGCCGGCCAGGGCAUGAACACUGCUUUCCACGAUGCCUUGAACAUGGCCUGGAAGAUCCAUGCCGUUGAGACCGGAUUCGCCGACCGAUCCAUUCUCAGCACAUACGAGAGCGAGCGCAAGGACAUUGCCGAGACUCUGCUCAACUUCGAUGCCAAGUACGCCGCCCUCUUCUCUAAGCGCCGCCCCAACGCCGACGAGGUUUCCGCUUCCAAGGCCGUUAGCGGCGACGCCGAGGAGGAUGAGUUUGUCAAGACCUUCAAGUCCUCUUGCGAGUUCACCAGCGGAUACGGAGUUGCCUACAAGCCCAAUGUCUUCAACUGGGAUUCCACUCACCCCGCCCAGUCGCCUCUGUUCAACAUUCCCGGUGUUAAGCUGACUGCCGGUCGUGCCUUCACACCUUCUACUGUGACCCGUCUGGCCGACUCCAACUUUGUCGACCUGGAGCAGGAGGUCCCCGCGAACGGAUCUUUCCGUAUCUUCAUCUUCGCGGGUAACCAGGAGAAGACCAAGAAGGCCAUCGCUGAUUUGGCCGCCAACUUGGAGAAGGAGCGCUCAUUCCUCUCUGUCUACCGCCGGUCCGACAUUGCCGACGUGUCAUUCUUCGAGCGUCACAACCCUCACUCCAAGCUCUUCACCAUUUCCGUCAUCUACGCCGGCGCCAAGAACGAGAUUGACGUGGAGUCCAUCCCCCAGGUCCUGCGGGACUACCACCACCACCUCUACGCCGACGACAUCCCCGACGUCCGUGUUCCUCAGGCCCAGUUCGCUGCCCACGAGAAGCUCGGCUUCGAUGCUGAGAAGGGUGGUAUCGUGGUUACUCGCCCCGACAGCCACGUUGCCUGCACCGUGCGCCUGGAGGAGGGCAACGGCACCGCUGACGCCCUGAACGCGUACUUCAACUCAUUCUCCACUAAGCCUCUGGGCCAGGACUCUCAACAGAGCCGCCUGUAA